AUGUCAAAAAGAGGUGAACGUGGUAAACGAGGUAGACUAGCAAGAGAAGAUGGGCGACGUACCACUCCCUACAACACAUCAGUUCCGGACACAGUUUUUGAGACCGAGCAAGAAAGUGAUAGUAAUGCUACAAUUGCAAAGCGUGGCAUCACUUGUGGCAAAGGUGCUCGAAAGGCAAUGAAAGCGUCUAAGAAGAGAUUGCCCGUAGAAUUUAAUUUUGUAGCAAGGCGAGUAAUAUGUAACAAUGAAUCAGCUUUCACAUAUGAGUGUGGCUAUAUUUUACGUAAGAACUGUAGCUUACAACACAAAGAGUGGAGGCUUGUACCGAAGGAAGAGAAGUUUCCAUUACGCCACAAGCUAACUACACUUUUUGAUAUUGAUGUGGAAAAUGAGAAUGUUUGCAAAGUUAUCGAUAGCUAUAUGGCAAGGUCAUGGAGAAAUUUUCGAGCUGAGUUGCAUAAAUACUUUAAAGAGAUUGGAGGACCAGAAGACCCAAUAAAGGCAAAGACUAAACCCCCUUCAAAUAUUCGUAGCAAAGAAGACUGGGAGUAUCUAUGUGACAUGUGGUGUGAGCCAAAAUACAUGGAAAUUGCAAAAAAGAAGGUUGUUGCUCGCGGAAAGCAAAAAAUGGAGACAAGAAAUGGAUCGAAGAGUACAAUACGCUAUCAUGUUGAGCUUGGACAUGAUGUGGAUUCUUCAUUGGGUCAUAUUGAGACUUGGCGACUUACACAUUGGGAUGAAGAAAAAGGUUGGAAAUAUACAGAUAUGGCUGCAAAAUAUGAAGAAAUGAAAAAGAUGAGAAACGAGCAUUCCUUGGAAUCAAUGAGUGACAAGUUGAUUCUAGAGAAGGUACUUGGACGAAGCUUAGUUCGUUUGUUCGGGUGGGGACGUGAUCUUGUUGUCGCUGGUAACAUCGCAGGUUCUACUGAGAAAUCUAAGCAUCCUAGUUAUGAUGAAUUGGUGGAUGAAUUGGAAACAAUGAAAAGAGAACAUGAAGCUAUGAAGCAAAUAUUGAUUGAGAAAAACAUCAUGCCUCCUCCUCUUAGCACAUCAUCAGGACGAUCACAUGGUGAUACAUCUGAGUGUGGUACAUCUAAUCACACUCAUUCGGGACAGUCUCAUGAUGAAAAUACUGAUAUACAUGAUGAUAUGCAAUGA